AUGGUUUACUCGACUGUUACUAGCUCAUUAUUUGCACCGGCAAUUCGUGCUUCAUCGUCAGUUCCGCCGCCUCCGCCGAAAUCGCUUGCUGUAAAAUCCGAUUAUGUUGCUACAGGGGAAUCAGUUCAGAAAUGGCCGGGAUGGCCCGGGGAUAACAUUUUCAAGCUAGUUGUGCCAAUUGCUAAAGUUGGUGGUAUAAUUGGGCGGAGGGGAGAAGUUGUAAAGAGGAUGUGUAAAGAGACUGGUGCCACUGUUCGUGUUCUGGAAAGUUCUAUUGGCAAUGCUGAUCAAAUCGUUUUAAUAACUGGUAGAGAAAAUCCAGAUGUUGAGGUAUCUCUAGCAAUGGAUGCUGCUAUUAGAAUUUUUAAGUGUGUUGCGGGGCUAAACAAUGAUGAUCCAGGAGCAGUAGCUGCAUUUCCUUCUCGUCCUGCAUCUGCAGCUGUUUCUGAUUACCAAGACCCUUACUUACUUGAUCAUGGAACUGCCGUGGACUCCAAAACCCCACGGUCUACACUACCGCGAUAUGGACAGGAUAUUGUAACAAAGCACUUCGCUCUUGAACUUGAAUCUAUAGAAGCUCUUGAAUCUGUAGAAGCUCUUUGUUUCUGCUUAACCAUCACAAAGGUUAUGCAAGUCCCGCUGGGGUAUGCUGAGGAAAUCAUUGGUGCUGAAGGCUGUAAUAUAGCAUAUAUUCGCCGCACAAGUGGGGCAACUCUUACUGAGUUCAUUGACAACCACCAAGAGCCAGCCCCAACAAUGUAUGGGAUGGGUGAACCUGAGUUUGGUUCUUUUUCGCGUUAUGGUGACCCCUAUUCUUCAUCAUCUUCGUUUCCACCUUAG